AAACUAAUCUUAAUAACGUAUCUACACAUGCAUUAUUAAUGCUAGCGUUUUAUUGCACAUUACAACUGCAACUCCAGAAUAGUUGUACUCGUGGUAGGUCGUAGCCUGUCUGAGAGUACCGCUAUCUCCGCAAAUAAAUAAAAAAUGCAUCGGAGACUGGGUACAUAGCGGGGCCCGCGAGCGGAGCCCGCAGUGCGCCUCCAGCCAGCAGCCGCGAUGGUCAACUACAAGCGCGUCGUGUGCGAGGUGGCCGUGGUGCUGGCGCUGGUAGCUGCCGUCGCCGCGGCACCCACUUCUAAUCCUGACUGCCACUACGACCAGCGGCAGAACGGUUCGGAGAACUACCGCCUAAACAUCGACGGCGUUGUGAUCGCCGUCGCUCCUGCAGACUCGCUCCUGGCCGCGGCUUCGGAGAUCGAUCUGAGCGACCUCCUGGACCUGUCGGAGUUCGACGGGCCGUCGUCGCAGAAGCCGCAGCUGGAGCCGAAGCCGGAGGACGGCAAGCCGCAAGAGAAGCCCCAGGACAAGCCGGAGGACAAGCCCGACCUGUCCAUACUCGACGUCAGCCAGAACACAGUGAAGGAACAGAAACAAGCUUUCACGAGGAAGCAGGAAAAAGCACACAGAUUGAAGAACCGCCUUGCUCAAUUCCUGCUGCCCCUGCUGAGAAAGACUCGCCACCACUAAAUGGAGAGCCCCAGCAUGACAACUGAUGCAUAUAAGCCUAAUAAGGCCAUCCUUUAAAGAAUAAAAUAUGCACACGGUGCGCGCAAAGCACAGCCCGGAAAUGCAGAGCUGGUGUGUUACUGCCCUAAAAGUACCGUUCCAAGACUUGCCUAUUAAAUACUUAAUAAGAAAUAACGUUAGAAACAUGGAUGUUUAGCAUAUUAUGUGUGCAACCGACGGUCCGUUAAGCAAGACUUAGCCACGAGUGAUAUUGUAAUGCAUUUAUAGGUAUUUAUUUUAGUAUUAAGUUAAUUAGUAAGCUAGGAUGUAUAAAUCGUUUUGUUGAAAAUAAAUGAAAAUUCUUAUUGAAAAAUCCCUAAA